AUGAUCAAUGUUUCUACAACAACCGACGGUAACACAGACUGCUACACGGUUUGCUAUUCAGAAACAGCGGAAAAUACGAUCAGUAUUUUCACUACAGCACAAACCGAUUCUACAUCAACUAGCACAACAACAACCACCUCCUCAACAACAAUCACUACUGAGUCAACAACAACCACUACGGGGCCAACAACGACCACUCCUGAGUCAACAACAACCACUACUGAGACAACAACAACCACUACGGCGCCAACAGCAACUACUACUGCGCUAACAACAACCAUGACUGUGACAACAACAACCACUACUACACCGACAACAACUACUACGGCGCCAGCAACAACCACGACUGAGCCAAUAACAACAACUCUUGAGUCAACAACAGUCACUGCUGAUCUAACAACUACCACUGCUCAGCCAACAACAACCACUGCAGAUUGUUAUACUGUUUGUUUUUCUACAACAACGGCUAGAGUUCCUACCGCUACUACUACAUUUACUGAUAAUUGUAACGAUUCCAUCGAAAUAUUACAAGGCGAUACGUGCAUUUCGAAAAACAUUCUGCAGAUAUCUGCUGUGAAUACUUUACGUAACGCAACCGCCAAUGCAAACACAACAGCUGAUGCGCUCUCCUUGUAUUUCAAUUCCAUUGCGAGCCCUAGUGCAUUGUCAGAUUCUCAAUAUGUUUUGUCUCCUUAUGAUAUUGACAGCUAUGUUGAUAGACUGAAAAAUGUAACUUUGAUGCGAAAUACUAAGGCAUCAUUUAUCCUAGCUCAAGAUAUCAGUCAAUUUGCUAACAUACAGAGAGUUGGUGCUACAUUUACCCGUGGCAUUGGUGGCGCAGGUGUUGGCAUUCCAAAUGGGAUUGAUACUUUCAGUUCCACUGCAACAGUUGCAGCUUUGCUUGAAUCGAAAUCAUUAUCAGAUGUGAAAUCGUUUAGUAUGUUAAUAAUUGAUAGCCCUAACACAUACAGGAAUAUUGAUAAUUCUACCAAGCGAAAUCUGGUAUCAUCAGUUAUUGUUGCGGCAGUGCAAAGAGAUAUUACUUCAUCAAACGCAAUUAAUAUUUCUCUAUACUUUCAAGUCCUACCGGAAUAUAAACCCUCAGGUUUUCCUGAGUACUUUUGCUCAUUUUACGACACAACCUAUCAAAAAUGGA